GGGCUAGACGUGGGGGCGUGGUCGGGGAGGAGCGGCUGGGGCCCCGAGCGAUCGCUGGCCAGCGAAGCGCCACACUCGCUGGGUUGAGGAGAACGGCGCUCAGCCGGUGAGCACGAGCCUGGGAGAUGGCAGUGAUGGAAGUGGCCUGCCCAGGCUCUCCUGGCUCAGCGGUUGGGCAACAGAAGGAGCUCGCCAAAGCCAAGGAGAAGACCCAGUCGCUAGGGAAGAAGCAGAGCUGCGUCUACAAGCUUGAGGCUGUGGAGAAGAGCCCCGUGUUCUGUGGGAAGUGGGAGAUCCUGAACGAUGUGAUUACCAAAGGCACAGCCAAGGAAGGGUCCGAGGGUGGGCCGCCCGCCAUCUCCAUCAUCGCCCAGGCUGAAUGUGAGAAUAGCCAAGAGUUCAGCCCCACCUUUUCAGAGCGCAUUUUCAUCGCAGGGUCCCAGCAGUACAGCCAGUCUGAGAGUCUUGAUCAAAUCCCCAACAAUGUGGCCCACGCAACUGAAGGUAAAAUGGCCCGUGUGUGCCGGAAGGGAAAGCGUCACAGCAAAGCCCGGAAAAAACGUAAGAAGAAGAGGUCGAAGUCACAGGCCCAGGCAGGAGUGGCCUCAGCCAAGCCCCUGCCCCGAACCCCUGAGCAAGAGAGCUGCACCGUCCCUGUGCAGGAAGAUGAGUCUCCACUUGGCACCCUCUAUGCCAGAAAUGUCUCCCAGGUCACCAAGCCUCUGAAGGAACCAGACCUCGGCCACCUGUGCUGUAAGAAACAAGGGGACGGCCUGCGACCAGUGCUACCACGACCAGAACUCCACAAACUGAUCAGCCCCUUGCAAUGUCUAAACCACGUGUGGAAACUCCACCACCCCCAGGCCGUAGGCCCCCCACCCCAUUCCACUCACCCUUUCCCCUACAGCAGACUGCCCCAUCCUUUCCCAUUUCACACUCUGGAGCCCUGGAGACCCUACCCGCUGGAAUCCCUCCUCCUGGACAAACUAGCUGGUGUAAGUGGCCAGCAGCCCCUCGCUGGCCCACGCCUAAGCAAACUGGCCUAUGGAGACAGUCAGAAGCCCCUGCCCGGCCCACACCUGGAGUCCAGCUACCCGUCUCGAGGUGGCCAAGAGAAGGUUCCUGUGGAAGAGUACCUGGUGCAUGCACUACAAGGCAGUGUGAGCUCAGGCCAGGCCAACAGCCUGGCCAGCCUGGCCAAGACGUGGUCCUCAGGGAGCUCCAAGCCUCAGAGACUCAGCCCUGAAACUGAGGACAACGAGGGUGUCCUGCUUACCGAGAAACUCAAACCAGUGGAUUACGAGUACCGAGAAGAGGUCCACUGGGUGGCACAGCAGCCCCGUGUGGGCAGAGGCUCCUUCGGUGAGGUCCACAGAAUGAAGGACAAGCAGACAGGCUUCCAGUGUGCUGUCAAAAAGGUACGGCUCGAGGUGUUUCGGGCAGAGGAGCUGAUGGCCUGUGCUGGACUGACCUCGCCCAGAAUUGUCCCUCUCUAUGGAGCCGUGAGAGAAGGGUCUUGGGUCAACAUCUUCAUGGAACUGCUAGAAGGUGGCUCGCUAGGCCAGCUCAUAAAGCAGAAGGGCUGCCUGCCAGAGGACCGAGCCCUGUACUACUUGGGCCAGGCCCUGGAGGGGCUGGAAUACCUCCAUAUACGAAGGAUUCUGCAUGGGGAUGUCAAAGCUGACAACGUGCUGCUGUCCAGUGACGGAAGCCGAGCCGCCCUCUGCGACUUUGGCCAUGCCUUGUGCCUACAACCUGACGGCCUAGGAAAAUCCUUGCUCACAGGGGACUACAUUCCUGGUACAGAGACCCACAUGGCCCCAGAAGUGGUGAUGGGGAAGCCCUGCGAUGCCAAGGUGGACAUCUGGAGCAGCUGUUGCAUGAUGCUCCACAUGCUCAAUGGCUGCCACCCCUGGACUCAGUACUUCCGAGGCCCACUCUGUCUCAAGAUUGCCAGCGAGCCUCCACCUGUGAGGGAGAUUCCUCCUUCUUGCGCACCCCUCACAGCCCAGGCCAUCCAAGAGGGGCUGAGGAAAGAGCCUGUCCACCGAGCCUCUGCUAUGGAGCUUCGGGGGAAGGUGGGCCAGGCGUUACAGCAAGUGGGAGGUCUGAAAAGCCCUUGGAAAGGAGAAUAUAAAGAACCAAGACCUCUACCUCCAGACCAAGCCACCUGCCACCAGACCCUGCACACCCCACCAAGGGAGAACCCACCAGCCAAGGCCAGCACACCAUCCAAGGCCAGCACAGAUGGGGCCUCUGAGCCUCGGCCUCCUCUGCCACCAGAACCACCAGAACAGAACAGAGCUCCAGCCCUGAACCUGAGCAAGGAGGAGUCCGGCACAUGGGAACCCUUGCCUCUGUCCUCCCUGGACCCAGCCCCUGCCAAGGGCUCCAGCGUCCCAGACCGGAGGGCAACCUUUCCAGAGCUGGAGCUGCAACAGCUGGAGAUAGAACUGUUUCUCAACAGCCUGUCACAGCCCUUUUCUCUGGAGGAACAGGAACAGAUUCUCUCUUGCCUCAGCAUCGACAGCCUCUCACUGUCGGAGGACAGCGAAAAGAACCCAUCAAAGGCCUCUCAGAGCUCACGUGACACCCUGAGUUCCGGCGUGCACUCCUGGAGCAGCCAGGCAGAGGCAAGAAGUUCCAGCUGCAACAUGGUGCUGGCCCGGGGGCGGCCCACGGACACCCCGAGCUACUUCAAUGGUGUCAAGAUCCAAAUACAGUCUCUCAAUGGCGAACACCUGCACAUCCGGGAAUUCCACCGGGUCAAGGUGGGAGACAUUGCAACUGGCAUCAGCAGCCAGAUCCCAGCCCCAGCCUUCAGCUUGGUGACCAAAGAUGGACAGCCUGUUCGCUAUGACAUGGAGGUGCCAGACUCUGGCAUCGACCUGCAGUGCACCCUGGCCCCUGACGGCAGCUUUGCCUGGAGCUGGAGGGUCAAGCAUGGCCAGCUGGAGAACCGGCCCUAG